AGAGCUGAGUGCACAGGGCGCGCGCAGCAGCAGCCUCUCGCGAGAGGACGAGCUUAUCCGAGAUACCCCGAGGGCGGCCGAGUCUGCGCGCGCACAAGGCAGCAUCUCUCUCUCUCUCUCUCUCUCUCUCCCUCCCUCCCGAAAUCGCGAACCUAUACGAUUAUUAAAAAGUGUCUGUCUGUAUGCAAGUAUACUAACCCGCGUAUAAUGUAGCGUCAGCGGCGCGGUCAGCGUGCAUAGCUCUCUUACGAUACUUAUUCUCAUUCGAUGUGGCAUUAGAUUUUCGGCGAGCGUCGCGGCCUUGCGGUCAAUGGCGCAAGCCGAGAGCGACGAUACUUGGCAGUUUGCAUGCGACUCACGAUUCUUCACGUUUUGUUGCUGGCGCAAGGAGAGCGUGAGAUACUCGCACAGGUAGAUAUAUAUAUAUAUACAGCACGCGAUGAGUUUCACCGAGGCCGCGCGCGCGAGGCUCGCGAGAGAGCGAAAUACUCGGACAUUCGCAGUCUCGCGGUCUGCUGAGUAAGUGGUGUAUAACCGCCGUCGUCGCAGUCUGCAGUAUAAUGGUUCCUCUACUCGAGAGCUGUAGUACCGAGGAGCUGUGUUUGGCUCUCGAUGGAAGUGAGAAGUUGUUGGAGGAUCUUAGGACAAGGCUGAGGGAGUGGUUGGAGAUGCAGCCGCACUUGCCGAAAGACAUGCCAGACCGUCGGCUCGAGUACUUCCCCAUCAGUACGAAGCUGCAGAGCCUCGAGCUGGCCAAACAGAAGCUCGACAUGUACUACACGGUCAGGCGGCUCGUUCCCGAGCUUUUCACCGACAGGGACCCUUCUUCCGCCUCGUUCGCCAAGCUGCGCCAAUCUCUCCAGUGGGUCUGUCUGCCGAAGCUCACUCCCGAAAAGUACAGGGUCUCGAUUCUGCGCUCGCUCAACGAGGACGCCAGCAAGUUCCAGCCUUGGGACCUGUUCAAGUACACCUUUAUGGUAGGCGACGUGCGCAUAUCCGAGUGCCGGAGCCUCGGCGACAUCUACAUCUACGAUCUCUCGGCUAUGCGGCUGGGCCACCUCGCCAAGCUGACGCCGGCUAUUUUGAAAAAGUGCGAGGUCGCCGCGACGAAGGCCUACGGGGCCAGAAUCAAGGGCAUCCACUUCGUCAACGCGCCGAGCUUCAUCGACCGCAUCGUCACGCUCGUCAAGUCGGCGAUCAAGCCGAAACUCGCCGCCAGGAUACACGUGCACUCGUCGGGCCUGGAAUCGCUGUACGAUUCGAUACCCAAGUCGGUGCUGCCGCUGGACUACGGCGGUGAAGAGCCGUCGAUGGAUCAGCUCGACGAGAAGUGGCAGUCGAAACUGUCCGAGUGGAGGGACUGGUUUCUCAGGGAGGAAAAAUCCGGGACGGUAGACGAGGCUCUACGUCCAGCCACAGCGCCGACGCUCAACGUCGACGAUCUCUUCGGCUUUCACGGAUCCUUCCGAAAGCUCGAGCUUGACUGAUAUACGCGCUUUUAUCCUUAUCUUAUACAGGCGCAUAUAUCGACGCAUAUUGUACAUUUUUAUUGCGCACACCGGCAAAUCCUAAACACGAAUAAAAUUUCAAUACUCGCUCU